GGGUCACUGACUAGGUUUUACGACCGAAUUUUCCUGUGUUUAGCAGCGGGUGAUUAACUAUGAUGUGAAGCCAUUUUUUUCUCUUGUAACGUUAGGUUUGUAAAUAAUUCGGUUUCAGAGCAGCUUCACGGAGCCGCUCGCGCUGAACCAGAGUCCAACGCGGUUCGACAAGCGAGGCAAAAAGAGGAAGCAAUAGCCAACCAUCUUUCUUCUUCUACCAGCAAUAACAAGAAAGAGACAAGGCUAGGUCCAAGUGAAGCAGUGUGUAGUUUGGAAUUUAUUGUCUGUUUUAUACCGGAUAAAGCACUUGGCUACAACGUGUUCGUAAUUACAUAGAAAAAACCGCUCUCGGACAUUAAGCUCAUCCGGCAAGUCUGGAAGUUUCGGAUCAGAAGACUGGCUGUUAAGAAUUAGAAUUCCCGUUUUUUCAUGUUUCCAACAGGUUUAUCUUCCCCUAAUCCCCCACCACCGCCAACCCAGGAGGCUAGACCAGCGGCUACUGAUGUCAAAACCGACAGCGGUAACAUCACAUCUCCGAAGAAGAGGAAAAUAAACGGCUCUGAGAGGGAAGACACUACUGACACGAUCUCCUCUUCGCCUCCCAAGACCCUGAAUUCUUCCUCUUCUUCUUCUUCUUCCUCCUCCUCCUCCUGUUCUCCCACUCCGGUACACAUUCAGAAGAAGUUGAGGUUUGAGGAUUCAGUGGAUUUCAUUGGACUGGAUGUGAAAAUGGCUGAGGAGGCUGCUGCUUCGUGCUCUAAUAACAAAAGCAAAGCUAUGUUUCUGUCCGCUGGCGUGGGACACCAUGCAAACGGACUGACGAAAACCGCAGGAUCCGGCACCUUUUCCAACAGUAAACCUGGGGCUGCCAAGAAACUAGUCAUCAAGAACUUCAAAGAAAAGCCCAAAUUGCCAGAGAACUACACACAGGAGACUUGGCAGAAGCUGAAGGAGGCAGUUGAGGCCAUACAGAACAGCACUUCAAUCAAGUACAAUCUAGAGGAGCUCUACCAGGCUGUUGAGAACCUGUGCUCCCAUAAGAUUUCUGCCAAGCUUUACAAACAACUGAGGGCUGUGUGUGAAGACCACAUCAAGGCACAGAUCGAUCAGUUCAGAGAGGAUGCCCUGGAUAGCGUGCUUUUCCUAAAGAAAAUUGACAAGUGUUGGCAAGAUCACUGCAGACAAAUGAUAAUGAUUAGGAGUAUAUUUUUGUUUUUGGACCGUACCUACGUUUUACAAAAUUCAAUGCUGCCAUCAAUCUGGGACAUGGGUCUGGAGCUGUUCAGGUUCUACAUCAUCAGUGAUCUGAAGGUCCAGAGUAAGACCAUUGAUGGGAUUCUGCUGCUUAUAGAGAGGGAGCGUAAUGGAGAGGCCAUAGACCGCAGUCUGCUGAGGAGCUUACUGAGCAUGCUCUCUGACCUGCAGAUUUAUCAAGAUUCCUUUGAGCAGCGGUUUUUGGAGGAGACUAAUCGCCUGUAUGCUGCAGAGGGACAGAGGCUGAUGCAGGAGCGAGAGGUACCAGAAUAUCUCCAUCAUGUGAACAAACGCUUGGAGGAGGAAGCUGAUAGAGUCAUCACAUACUUAGACCAGAGCACACAAAAACCACUCAUUGCUACUGUGGAGAAGCAGUUGCUCGGUGAACAUCUGACUGCAACUCUGCAAAAAGGCCUAACUCACCUGCUGGAUGAGAACAGAAUUCAGGAUCUGUCUCUUCUCUAUCAGCUCUUCAGUCGAGUGCGAGGUGGUGUUCAGGUCCUCCUUCAACACUGGAUAGAGUACAUUAAGGCUUUUGGAAGCACAAUUGUAAUCAAUCCAGAAAAAGACAAAACAAUGGUGCAAGAGUUGUUGGAUUUCAAAGACAAAGUGGAUCACAUCAUAGACGUCUGUUUCAUGAAGAAUGAGAAGUUUGUUAAUGCCAUGAAGGAGGCUUUUGAAACAUUCAUCAACAAACGGCCAAAUAAACCCGCAGAACUCAUAGCCAAACAUGUGGAUUCAAAACUAAGAGCAGGAAACAAAGAAGCAACAGACGAAGAACUGGAGAAAAUGUUGGAUAAGAUCAUGAUUAUCUUUAGAUUCAUUUAUGGAAAAGAUGUUUUUGAGGCCUUUUACAAGAAGGAUCUGGCCAAGAGGUUGUUAGUGGGAAAAAGCGCCUCCGUUGAUGCUGAGAAAUCAAUGUUGUCAAAAUUGAAACAUGAAUGUGGAGCAGCUUUUACAAGUAAGCUGGAAGGAAUGUUCAAGGAUAUGGAGCUGUCUAAAGACAUCAUGGUGCAGUUCAAACAGUACAUGCAGUGCCAAAACAUUCCUGGCAAUAUUGAACUGACAGUGAACAUCCUCACCAUGGGUUACUGGCCAACAUACGUCCCAAUGGAAGUACAUCUCCCCCCUGAGAUGGUGCGACUGCAAGAGAUCUUCAAAACCUUCUACUUGGGUAAACACAGUGGCAGGAAGCUGCAGUGGCAAUCAACACUCGGACAUUGUGUCUUAAAAGCUGAAUUUAAAGAGGGUAAGAAGGAGCUGCAGGUGUCACUCUUCCAAACACUUGUGCUCUUGAUGUUUAAUGAGGGAGAGGAGUUCACCUUGGAGGAGAUCAAACUGGCAACAGGAAUAGAGGACAGUGAGCUGCGUCGGACUCUUCAGUCACUUGCAUGUGGAAAAGCACGUGUCCUCACCAAAAUUCCGAAAAGCAAAGAUGUCGAGGACGGCGACAAGUUUUCUUGCAAUGACGACUUCAAACAUAAACUCUUCAGGAUAAAAAUAAACCAGAUCCAGAUGAAAGAAACGGUGGAGGAGCAAGCCAGCACCACAGAGAGGGUCUUUCAGGAUCGUCAGUAUCAGAUCGAUGCUGCCAUUGUGCGGAUCAUGAAGAUGAGGAAGACUCUGAGCCAUAAUCUUUUGAUGUCUGAGGUGUACAACCAGCUGAAGUUCCCUGUCAAGCCUGCUGACUUGAAGAAGAGGAUAGAGUCUCUUAUUGACAGGGACUAUAUGGAGCGUGACAAGGAGAAUUCCAACCAGUACAACUAUGUGGCUUAGACAAGGAAAAAAGUGACAGAAAAUAAAGUGAUGCAUAUGGUCCAGUCAGGCUGAAAGCUGCUCUGAGUGAUCGGUCUCUAAAUCUUUUGCUCCAGUGGAUGUUACCAUUAUCACCUUCAACCUAGUGACCGACAAGUGAAUGGAUACUGCCCCACAGGAUUUUUGUCAGGGGUCUUGUGAUCCUGUGGACUGCAUGCCCACUGAAAAGAGAAUAUUGUCCACAUUUCUCAGUGCCUCUGAGAGAAUUGGGCUACCUUGGACAGACAAAGAAGACACACAGAUGUUGUUCAGUUUGCUUUUUUUUUUUUCUUUUCUUUUCUUUUUUUUUCUUUUUUUAACGGAGAGGAAAAAUAUUUAUUUUCAAACUUAGAUUCUUCUUUGUCCAUAGUUUGAAUCAAUAUGCUCUUUGUUAUCGAGUCACUUUUUUUCUUUUUGUUCACUCAGUAUCCCAAGAAAAUGCUGACCCACCUUACAAUGCUCUUAAUGUACCACACAGCGAGGAUCAAAAAAAUUAAACAGAUGCUUGUUUCUUCAGUCGGUGUCAAAAUGUGGGACGAUUGGACGAACGUUCACGGUAGAAUUUCGACAGUCCUGGGGUGUAUUUGUCAAAUGUAUGAUCCUGCAGUAACAUUUUCCAAUUCUAGGUCAAUGUAGCCAUCUGAUAAAGCUGUGAUCACGAACACACAAAUUGUUCAAAGAAAAUGUGCCAAAAAGUGAGCACUUGUUUUGUUCUAGGAUGGAUUCAAGCUGCUACUACAGGUGAAUUGUACAAGUAUAUGCAUUUAGUCUCUAUAUUACUUUAUACGUUUUUGUACAGUACAUGCUUCAUGUGUCAUUUUAAGUGAUUCCCAUCUGACAGUCAGCUGCUUUUUAGGUUUCUGUUAACCCUUAGAAGGCGUACUAAAAAGCACAAAGACUUCAGACCCCAUUUUUUUGUUCUUCAUCUCCCCCCAGUAUCACAUCACAUACACACUAUAAACUGUUCUCUGUAAGUCUCCCUGUGGGGCUUGCUGGCCUUGUUAAAAAGUGGACAGAUGAGUGUUGACUGAACAAAAAAAAAUGUUGGAUUAGACAUGCCCAUGUUUGUAUGAGUCUGUUAGGUUUAUUGCUUCAGAUUAAAAUAACUGUUUCAAUCA